AUGACUUCAAGCGUGUUUGAGCCCGGUCGGCUCAUCUCUGAUCCCCCAAUACUCCAACGUCAGCAAACAAUCGCAGGGCCGAAAAGGAGGAUUCGAGUUCACCAAUGCAGAGACAUUGAUACCACCCUUGUCGGGCAGAGCAACAACGACCCGGAGGAAAACCUCCACAAGAAAAGUCUGGCAAGGCCAGAAGUGAGAUCAUCGGGUGUACGGCGACCGACUCGUAGCUUCACCGUGGGUGCGACUCAUCGAUUAAGUGGCCAAGGAUUAAGCGAGGAGAUCGCUAGUCUAAUUCGUACCAGGACUGCUCAGAUUCGCCGGGAAUUGGAGAAGGAGAUGAAGACAAGUGUCGAAAACCUGCCUUUACAAGACAAGGUAAGGUGA